UGGUUGCUUGGGACCUUUGUUCCCGAUAUCUACCCUCAGCUCUCUUAUAUACCACGUAGACCCCCCUUUCAAUUGAAUCUCCCUCUCAGUCACUGGCAUCCCCACAGCCUCACCGACCAACCUCGAACAGAUCGGCCAACCACCGGAGAUAACUCGUCCCAUCCUCGCGUUUUCAUAAUUCACACCAGCCCCCUUCCCAUACUAGGGGAAAUUUCGGUCCCAAGGAAACAAGACUGGUUUAAAGAGCACCUCUUUCACCACCAAUUCCCAUCUUUCAACCCGUCUUCUGGACAACACCUUGGACAACACCUUGGACAACACACCACCACCGAAAAAAUGACCAAAGUCGAGCUCACAGGCGUGGAAGUCGCCAAACACAAGUCGGCAGACGACUGCUGGGUCAUCGUCCAUGGCCGCGCCUACGACGUGACAGACUUCCUCCCCGAACACCCCGGCGGCUCCAAAAUCAUCCUCAAAUACGCCGGCAAAGACGCCACCGAAGAAUUCGACCCCAUCCACCCCCCGGACACUCUGGAGAAAUACCUUCCAAAAGACAAACACAAAGGUCCCGUCGACAUGUCCACCGUCGUUGUGGAGAAACAAGAGGUCCUCCCAGAAGAGCAGGAGAGAAUGAAGAGGAUCGAGGAGAUGCCCUUGCUCGAACAAUGCUACAACUUGCUUGACUUUGAGGGCGUGGCAAAGAGGGUGAUGAAGAAGACUGCUUGGGGGUAUUACUCUAGUGCGGCUGAUGAUGAGAUUACCCUCCGAGAAAACCAAACAGCCUUUCAGCGCAUCUGGUUCCGCCCCAAAAUCCUCGUCAACGUCGAAAAAGUCGACUUUUCCACCACUAUGCUCGGCACCAAGGUCGACAUUCCCUUUUACGUCACCGCCACCGCUCUCGGCAAACUCGGUCACGUAGAAGGCGAGGUUGUCCUCACCCGUGCUUCGGCGAGGCACAACGUUGUCCAAAUGAUCCCCACCCUUGCCUCCUGCUCCUUUGACGAGAUCAUGGACGCUGCAGAUGCAAGCCAAGUCCAGUGGCUGCAGCUCUACGUCAACAAAGACAGGGCCAUCACCAAGAGGAUCGUCGAGCACGCCGAGAAGAGGGGUUGCAAGGGGCUGUUCAUCACCGUUGACGCGCCACAGCUGGGGAGGAGGGAGAAAGACAUGAGGUUGAAAUUCACGGAUGAGGGCUCGAAUGUGCAGAAGGGGUCAGGGGAGAAGACGGACAACAGCCAGGGUGCGGCGAGGGCGAUCAGCAGUUUUAUCGACCCGGGGCUGUGCUGGGAUGAUAUUCCUUGGUUCAGGUCCGUUACCAAGAUGCCCAUCGUUUUGAAGGGGGUUCAGAGAGUGGAGGACGUGUUGAGGGCGGUGGAGGUUGGGUGCGCGGGCGUGGUGCUAUCUAACCAUGGAGGGCGACAGUUGGAUUUUGCGAGGUCGGGGAUUGAAGUCUUGGCGGAGACUAUGCCUGUGCUGAAGAAGAUGGGGCUGGAGAAGAAGAUUGAGGUUUAUGUUGACGGGGGGGUGAGGAGGGCGACGGAUAUCAUCAAAGCGCUGUGUUUGGGGGCUAAGGGGGUGGGGAUAGGGAGACCGUUCUUGUAUGCUAUGAGCGCGUACGGGCAGGAGGGGGUGGAGAGGGCGAUGCAGUUGCUCAAGGAUGAGAUGGAGAUGAAUAUGAGGCUCAUUGGGGCGAGGACGAUUGAGGAGUUGAACGAGGGGAUGGUGGAUGCACGGGGGCUUUUUAGCCAUGGGGUUGGGCCGGUGAAUUUUUUGGCGGAGAGGGUCUAUGAUCCACUUGUCGGGCCGCCGCAGAGGGAAAGGAGUAAGUUGUAGGGUAAAGGGGGGGGAGGGGGGGUCGAGGGAGAUAUACCAAGAGGGGGUUGGGUUGGAGCAUCCCGAGAACUGGCCUGGGCAGAGGUGCCCUGCUUGGCCGCUGGAAUAUGAUGGCUCCAAGGAGGGAUGUUCCCUCUUUGCAGUUGUUGUUUUCGGCAGCCAGGCAGGGGCACGCAUCCCGGCUGCUCUGUCCGGCCAGUUCCUGUGGAUGGGAUGUUUUUCAGAGCCCUACCAAAUGUGUGAUAUGUGCAUAGAGGAGGUUGAAUGAUGUGGUUCCUUCUGGCAAGCUUUGAGUUUUCACCCAGGAGAAUGGACGGAGGAUCAAGCUGAGCACAACGGUCGAGUCUUUUUAAAGUUUGCUUGCUUUACCGAUCGUCGGUACUUUUCCCAAGAUACUGAUUGAUACAAGUAAUCACUGGUCUUUCCUAACCACACCUAAACUCCAUUGCUGAAAACACCCCCUCCGCCAUAUGCUACACCCGCCGUAAUGUACUAAACAGAUAGCCAACAAAAAAAAAAAAAACCCAAGCCAU